UCUCCGAUCUCACCCAAAGAUGGAGUAGAUGGAAUGCAACAAAAACAAUUACCUUAGUUCAACAUUUGUGCAUAUAAGUUUGUUUAUUGUUGUAAUAAAAAUUUCAAUUAAUGAGAAAAUGGAGUGUCUAUAAAAAGCCUCGUGUAUUACCUUAUAGAGAAACCCAAAAAUGUGUUGUGUUUGUUUUAUAGAAAAAAACACAAUAUGGGUUGGUUAAGUUGUUGUGAAUGUAAAUCCAAAGAAGAAAAUAUAACAGAAUUGGAUUUUUCUCGAUGUGGGAUCUCAGAUGUGCCAAAUGAAGUUUACCUCAACUCUCCCACACUUGAGGUGCUCCAUCUUGAAGGAAAUAAGCUCAAAGACUUGUCACCUCAGCUAUUUCAAUGCAUUGACCUAAGAUACCUAAAUAUAAGUGAUAAUGAAAUCCGAGCCAUACCCCCUCUUAUUUCCAAGUUAACUAAUUUACAAGUUUUAAUACUUAGCAAAAAUGUUCUAGAUGGUGUUCAUCCCAACUUAGAUAAGCUUACUAAAUUGACCAUGCUUGACCUAAGCAUGAACGACUUGGGUAAAGUACCAGAGGCUUUAAUGAGCCUAAUUAAUUUGCAACAAUUAUGUCUCAAUGAUACUGGAAUAGAUUUUGUCCCUGCUAAUAUAGGGAGAUUGUCAAAUUUAAAAAUACUUGAACUAAGGGACAAUAAUUUAUGUGAAUUGCCUAAGUCAAUUAGACGCCUAACAAAUUUACAGAGGUUGGAUGUUAGUGACAAUAAUUUGUCUAAUUUGACUGAAGUUUGUGAAUUUCAUGGAAACUUAACAGAGCUCUGGAUAAAUGGAAACAAUAUAUCUGAGCUAUCAACUUCCAUUACCCAUUUCAAGAAAAUGAAUGACUUUGAUGCAUCUUACAACAAUUUGGAGUCUGUGCCAAAAGAAAUAGGACAAUGGACUAAAAUAACGAAUUUAAUAUUAAGCUUUAAUAAUAUAUCUUCAUUACCAAAAGCAAUAGGAAAUCUCAGGAAUUUACAGGUGUUAAAAUUAGAAUCAAAUUUUUUGACUGAAUUGCCUAAUACAAUUUGCAAGCUGGUGAAUCUGGAGGAAGUUAACUUGCAAAACAACUCCUUGAAAAAGGUACCUACUGGAAUAGGACACCUUAGAAAAUUAGCAACUCUUAUUCUAUCUGACAAUAAAUUGCAAUGCCUCCCUGCAGAAAUUGGUAGCUGUUGUGAGCUUUCUAUACUGAAUGUGCAUAAUAAUUUUUUGGAAAAACUGCCAGAUGAGGUGGGACACCUUCAAAAUUUGACUACUCUAGGAGUAAUAGGGAACAGAUUGUCUUACUUACCUUUAACCAUAUCAAAGCUUACAAAUCUAAAGGCUCUAUGGCUUACCCCCAAUCAAACUCAGCCAUUAAUACAUUUGCAAAAUGAGCAACUGUCUGAUGGACAGGUGGUUCUAACUUCUGUUGUUUUUCCUCAAGCCCCAUUGAGGGAAUCUUUAGUACCCUUAACACAUACUACAAAUCAUACUAGCCAUAUUAGUUUUAGUACAGAGAGGAGUGAAGCUGAAGUAACAGAAAGUGGAAAUUUGUCUCUUACUAGAACACCUACACCUCACCACAAAGAACUUAAAAAGUUGAGGGAGAUUUGGAGAAAUAAUCAUGUACCAGUUAAUCGAGUCCUUAACGUCUCGGAAAUAAAAGAAGCCAAAGUAACGCACAUAUCAGGUGAUCUCAAUGCCUCUCAAACAAGCUUAAAUGGACAUGAAAGUGAACCAGCUGAUAUUUCGGAAAAAAAUGAACGUGAACUGAAUAGAACCCCUCCAAAACAGCCCCCUCCAUAUCACAUUGCUGCAGCUUACUCAAAAAAUGCUCAUCUAUUUGUGCAUAGUCCUCCUAGUCCACAUGAUAAACCUAAGCAGUUUAGUCAGAAACAACCUGCCAACAUUCAUAUGCCUACACCUAAAAUGGCGAAUAGGCAUCAGCUGAUGGAUACCACACAGUCUCAUUUGCAGCCAGAAAGAAAAUUAUCAGCAAAAUCAAUGUCAACCAAUACUGAAGACCUAAUGAAUGGCCAUCUAAGAAAGCCACCACAUUGGCCUUUUGGACAUCACACAGUUUGCAAAGUAAUAGAGGUUCACAUGCCAGAGUUUCAUGAACCAGGAGAUUUCCAAAUUGUUGCAAAGAAUGAUGGUAUUUUUGUAGAAGAAGUAAAUACUCAAGGUUCCCUCUUUCAAAAGUUAUUUCCGGGAGAUAAGAUUUUGGGUUUUGACGAAACGGAUUAUACUAUAAUAGAUUCGUUGGCAGCUUAUCAAGAUGCAACUAGAAGAAUCGGUAAUGUACGGGUAGUCACGGUAUCAAGAAGACAUAUUUCUUCUUAAAUCUUAUUAUUAGGUGUCUGUCUAUAUGCAUUACAUAUAUCCGUGUAUAGCGAUAUAUAGGUGCAAUUGUUAUAUUAGUUUCAAAUUUAUCUGUAUACUCCAAUUAGUAGAUGCGUUUUUCUAUUAAAUGUCUUAUUCAUUUUGAUUUUGAGGGUAUAACAAUGCUGUAUAUGCAUUAAGAACUUGCAUAUAUCUCAAAGACCAAAAAUUGGGAAAUUAAAACAAUGUUGACUUUACUAUUUUUAUUAAGACUUUAAAUAUUUGCCAAUUUUUUUUAUAUAAUAAAUAAUAAUCCUAUGACUAUGAAGCAUAUUGCUCUUUUGUCAUUAUAUAAAGCAAAAUAAUUCACCAAAUCAACUAAUUUAUAAUAAUAUACUUAUGUCUGUAUUAUUAAUUUUAUUACCAACCAUAUUUCUGUUAAGUUUUUGUGAUAUCAAUAUUCAAAUUAUUUACCGCAUAAUAUACAGCUUAUACACCUCCAUCAAAUAAUUAUUGCUAAAAUAAAGAGGAUGCCAGAAAUGACAUCCUGCAUGGAAAAAAAGCCUCAAAAUUUAUUGCCAUUAAAUUUUGGUGUUGUGAAUGUGUCUUUAUGGUUAUUUUUAAGAUGUUUUGUUCGGCUCUGCAGGAUACACAAUAUCUGAAAAUAAUAGGUUUAUAAAAAUCCUUAUCAUAUUUUUUAUAUGUGUUUUAUAUGUUGGUGUUGCAAACACUAGUAAACAAUUUAGGUCGGGGAAAUAUACUAUUGUUAAUACUCAUUUUACAAGGUGCCAUAAAAAUGAUAUUAAAUGUUCUUUGAUUUGUAAUUUAAAUAGUGUUACUCAAAUAGUUAAAAUUUUUAGUACUUAAAAUGUUUUUCUAAAGUUAUAGGUGUUCAAAUGUUGUUAUAAUCGCGAUCAUAUGAAAAGGCAAAAUAUCAAAUAAAUAUGUUUUCCCAACGCCAAUAUUAUAAGUACUAUUUAAAAAACUAAAUCACCGUUUUAAGAACGAUUUUAAUACAUUUGUCAUAAGGCUUUUGCAUGUUGUGUUUUAAUUAUUAAUUUUUACUUUUAUCUCAUGUAUAAGUUUUAUUUAUCUAAAUUUCACCAGUAAGUAACUCCAAGACCAUAAAAAGGGUACGUUCUAUAGUAUAAUAUAACGUAGAAAUCACAAUAUUAUCUUUUUGUUAUGUAAUUUUCUGAUAUUAGGCCAUUUCAUUUGAUUGCGACAUUAUAUGCCUUUAAAGUUGUUUUUAUAAAAAUAUUUAAUGUUGUUAUAAUGUGAGUAGAAUGAACUAAUAUCUAGUUUCAGAAAAAUUCUUGCCGAGCUGAGCAAAUAUUAAGAGUCAAAACGACUUGUGUAUGUUGUAUUUUAGUAACAGGCUGUGAACUUUAUUUUUUUAAGUGUAGAAGUGAUUCAAUUUUGUAUUUGUUCUAAUUUAAGUUGUACCUAUAGUAUUAUGAAUUUAAUUUAUUGCAUUUAGGUAAGAAUAUAGUUUUAUUUAUUAUAUAGGAUGGCGACAAAAAUAUGAAGAAAAUAGUAUAAUUGGCAUAAUAUCUUUAAAAAGUGCCAGAUAAACUGCACACAAUUUUUUAAUAUACCGGUAUUCUAUAUUAAUAUAUACUGUGUUAAGAAUUGUGUGCUUUACUUAGGUGUGAAGUAUCGCGAGAUCCUUUCGAUAUUAUAAGUUACCCUUUAUACCCAUUGUUUGCUUUUAGACAAAUAUAACUUUGAGACUAAUAUUUUUUGCGCAGUUUUUGUCGCUAUCAUGAAAAUAGUACCUAUAACGAACUGAAAUCCACGACUGUAUUUGUAAUAAGUAUAAGUAUUUUUUCGCGUUUCGGGCCAUAUUAAGCUCUCAUAUACUCCUAUAUUAAUAUUUAUGCUUAGAAAUCUAUAAGGCCUUGGUGUUUUUAAACGUUUUUCAUAUCUAAUAACUGUUAUUUCUAUACAUUUUAAUACAAUUUGUACAGAUUUUUGCACAUUUUUAUCAUUUUUUAAUUCACUGUUUUUUUUUGUAAAAUCCAGCCGGAUUUCGGCUAAUCGUUAAACUAUUUUGUUACUAAUAUUUAAUGCGUAUAUUGUGUAAAAAGGUUUGGGCGUUUUUUACUGCAAAUGUUUACAAAGGUAACAUUACCAUGCCUAUAUUAAACGUUUAUGUUAAUGUAUUGCAUUCGACUGAAUUAAAAUUUAUACUUUUUUAAUAAAAAAUUUUUGAUUAAAUA